AUGGCGUCGCCUCAGGUGCAGAACUCCGACUCGGAGCUCGACCGAUCCCUAACCACUCUUGACAACUUCCUCGCCUUCCUCGGCUUCCGCCAGGGCAGCUGCCUCAGGGCCACUCUCUCCUGGGCCGCCUUCUCUCUGCUCGGCCUCGCCCUGCCCCUCUUCGCGCUCGAGCUUCUGAGGUGCUCCGGCGGCUGCGACAAGUUCGAAAUCCAGACUUUCGAGCUCGACAUCCUCGUUUCCCGGGCGGUCACCGCCGCCAUUUCACUCCUCUGCGUCUCCCGGAAUCUGAGCAAGCACGGGAUACGCAAGGCCCUCUUCGUUAAUCGUUGCCACGGCCACAUCAUUCAGUUCCGCAAACAGUAUCUUCACAAAAUCCGUGGUUUUUACUGCUUGCUGGCUUCGUGGUUCGGGGUUUGCUUUUUAUUGAAGGCAGCACGUGAGGUUGCUCGGUUGGUUUAUAUGCAUCAUGGUCCUUGGUGGUUGUCCGUCACCUUGUUUUUCGUUAGAAUGUUGUCAUGGUCAUAUUCAACACUCGUCUUUCUAUCCGGAUGUGCUUUGUUCCAUUUGGUUGGAAAUUUGCAAAUAAUACACUUUGAGAAUUACGGGAAGCUUCUGGAGAGGGAUUUAGACGUUUCAGCUUAUAUAGAGGAGCAUAUGAAUCUAUCCUAUGACUUAUCGAAAAUAAGUCACAGAUUCAGGAUAUUCCUUCUGCUGGAGUUCUUAGUCAUCACAGCUAGUCAGUUUAUGUCUUUACUGCAGACAACAGAGAAUCAAGGUAUCAUCAACUUCAUCAACGGAGGUGAUUUUGCGGUGCUAUCGAUCGUUCAAUUAGUGGGAAUAGUUCUCUGUCUAAAUGUAGCGGCAAAGAUAUCACACAGGGCCCAGAAUCUUGGUUCAAUUGCUAGUAGAUGGCAUGCUUUGGUUACUUGCAAUUCUAAUGAGGAUUCGCGAUCUGCAGUUGUUGAAAAUUCUGGAAAUUCUGAAUUCUGGACGACUGCAGCUCCAUUAUCUGUAAAUUAUUCAGAGAGUGAUUUGGAGUCCGCUGAUUACAUGCCUCUGCCGGCAAAUGUGCAACCAACCUCUUCAACAUCAUAUAACAGGAGGCAAGCCUUUGUUGCGUAUGUGCAGUCGAAUACUGGUGGAUUCACAAUCUUUGGAUGGGUAAUUGAUCGGAUACUCAUUAAUACAAUCUUCUUUACCGAGCUAUCGCUUGUUUUCUUUGUUCUGGGGAAGACUGUCACAAUCACUGUCAGAUAA